UUCCAUCAACGAAUCAUCCUCUUUCUCCUUCUCCUCAACGUCUAUCUCCAAAUUCUUUCCACUCUUUUUCUCUUCUCUCUUCCCGAGGCCUUACCAUCAUUUCAACACUAAAACUCCCACACCCUCUUCGAUUUUCUUCCAUUCUUCCCCAUUUCCUCCAAAUCAUUGUACUUCAUCUCUGUUGUCUUCGUCGCCUCUGAUUAUAAUCCAUGGUCGAUUGUGGAACUGGGUUUGUGGUAUGGGUUUCGAUCGAGGUAAUGACACAAUGAUCUCAGUCUUCAGCAGGAUUUUGGAUCAUGGAAUGAUGUGGUUUCAGUGCUGAUACAUUACCAAUAUGGUUGGUGGUGAAGAAAAUGACUUGAAUGAUGCAAGUUUCUCAAACAACAAAGGAACUCCACGCCGAGAUGUUGUACCCAUUUCGUUGUCUUCAUCGUCUUUGUCAUCGUCUUCAUCCGAGAAUGAGUUACGCAAGACAAGGAACGAGAAUGGUCAAUCUCAAUGUAAUGACAACGCGUCUCAUGAACUGGUACUAUACAACCCUCCUGCUGGUGAUGGAGGUGCAAACGAACCCAUAUCGCCACCUAUCGAGAACCGACGUCCAUCAUUACUUGGACAUUUCACUCCCAAAUCUUCCAGAGUUAUGCUCUCAGUAGGGGCCUUUACUAUCCAGUGUGCUGGCUGUUUUAAAUGGAGGCUCAUUCCAUCAAAGGAAAAGUAUGAGGAAAUACGUGAACAUCUGUUGGAACAACCUUUUUACUGUGAAAAUGCUCGUGAGUGGCGGCCUGAUAUCUCUUGUGAUGAUCCUGCCGACAUUACUCAAGAUGGAAGUAGGCUUUGGGCGAUCGACAAGCCUAAUAUAGCACGGCCCCCUCUCGGCUGGCAAAGGCAAUUACACAUAAGAGGUGAAGGAAGCACCAAGUUUGCUGAUGUGUAUUAUAUUGCACCGUCAGGCAAGAAACUUCGUUCGAUGGUCGAUAUCCAGAAAUACUUGAUUGAACAUCCAGAGUACCAAACUGAAGGUAUAUCGAUGAGACGAUUUUCGUUUCAAAUCCCGAAGCCUCUGCAGGAAAAUUACGUGAGGAAGCGUCGUGCCCAUAUCAAUGCAUCAUGCGACGGUUCCAAGCUCGAAUCAGGCGGAGUGAAUCCAUUAUCGUGCGCUCCCCCGGACAGUUCUACUGCAUUACAGCUCGGAAGACCUGGGCUCCCGGAGCUACUGUCAGCUGCACCGAUUAACAAUCACGUCGUUCGACCAGCAAAGAAAGUGAAAAGAGCUCUAGCAAAGAAGAUGGAGAUAAGUUCUCUUGAAUUGCUUGAGCUUCCUUCUUUAAAGUUGGAUCAAUAUGAAAAGUAGCAUUCCUGUUGUUUUGUUGGGCUAUAUAUAUAUAUAUGAAAUGUAUAUUAUUAUCAUGUAUAAAACCUUAUAGGAUAAUGUUUGGUCUGAAAUUUGGCUAGACUUUUGGAUUAAUUCAUACCCUAAAAUCUUUAACACGUGAAA